CAGUGAUACCCACCACUGCCACCAGUAAUAGUUAAUUAUAUUAUUUUAGACAAAGUAGAGUAAAAGUGAAAGGAAAUGACUGAUCAGUGACCACUGAAUGAGCUGCUGCUAAUAAAUUGUUACACGAACCUACAGAUAUUUUUGAAACGAUGCAACGGCGAACAGACUCGUUGGUAUGAAAUAUGACGGGGGUAGACAAGUCAAAGAUAGUGAAUACAAAGAUGAGAUUAAAGACGUUCAAAGAUGGUGAGGUGCACAGUGAAGGCUCUGCAAUCGCAACUUUUCAGGACGGAUCCGAUACACUGAGAUUGCCCAUGCCAAUGGCAACCAAUGCUGUCAACAGAAAGGGCAGUCGUGAGUCGAGGCACAAGUACAGUCGGUCACAUGAUCAUUCGAACACAAUAGGCAAAGAUGAGAAUGGGCACAAGAACUCGCUGAACACACCCUCCGUCGGCUCGCUCAAGCUUUCGGGGAGUAAGCGCAACUUCUCGGAUGGCAAGCAGUACAAUUCGCCGUUCAGGAAAGCGAAGAAAUAUACGGCGCCCACGAAGAGUAUGGAGCGUGAGGUGUCGAUGUUGGAGAUCCUAAACAUCUGGAGCCACAAGCAACGGCUGGAGUUCUAUGCGUAUCUACGACGAGAAUUUAUCGAAGAGAAUUAUUUGGCGCUGGAUGCGAUUGGAGACAUCCUUCAACAGCAUCGGCUCGGGGUGCUUACUGUGGAGAGUGUGCGGAGCAAGGUGUACCAACUAUACUUUAGCCCUGACGCCACAUGGACCGUAGAGGUGCCCUUAGAGUUGGCCCUCGAGCUAGACGAGCUGUUGGGAUUCGAUGCAGACGUGUUUGGGAUGAAUGGCUUCGGGGCGGUGAAGCACCAGGUGAAACUGACUGAUGUCGUGAAUCUAAUGCAAAGGGUAUAUCAGACACUGGAAUCGUCUGUCACAAAAAGCUUUAUCUCUUUCACAGGCGAAGCAAACCUGACGGCCUACUACUUUGAACUCAUGAGUGAGCACGCUGGGACCAGUCCCAGAGCACCCCCUAUAAAGCACGCGCAUGAAGCCAGGUCUCCCUUCGGGCAACGGCGGAGUAAAUACUCGGACAAAUCCCCGGUAUACUAAACUGGCUCAGACCCACAUGUCAGCCUCAGCAACCAGGCGUAUAGCUUAAGUAAUUCAGUUUAUGUUUAUGUUAGAAUGGUUGCUACAAUCGCCGCCGGUCGUCUAUGAGUGAAGUGGCACGUAGUGUGCACUGUAUAUACAGAUUAUAUACAGGCUAUAUG